AUGUCGGUACCUCCCAGCAGUUUGGUACGAUCAGCUCUUGAAGGGAGCGGCAUGCUGGCUUCUUCGGAAUAUCCAAGAUUGUACUCCUACUUCGCCAUCUACAGUACCGCGGCGACGGCAUACUGCGUCGGAGGAUCUUUGGCCUACUUCAUCUUCAUGGAAGGUGCUACUACGGAGAAGCUGCAGUGCAUCCAGAUCACUCUUACCAUGCUCAGUGGCCUCAUGAAGCUGUGCAACGCUAUCUUUCAGCAGAACAAGUUGAACACUCUGUUGCUCGGUUUCGAUGGGCUUUGGGAUCAACUUUACGAAGAAACUCAAAAUAGGGAGAUAAUGGAAAAAUCAGAAAAGAGUUGCAGGUUGUUAUACAAGAUCUAUAAGUUCUUUGUUAUAUUCACACCGACAGCUAACAUACUCAUGGCCCUGCUGUUCCACCUGAUUUUUGGAGUGGACCAACUUACGCUACAGAUAUACAUGCCUUUCGACAACAAAAAAUACUACGUUCCUGUUCAGAUUGCACAAAUAACGCUUGCGGUAAGCCCGCUCCUAGCUAACACUUCCAGCUUUUUACUUUACCUAAUUGCAUCCGAGCAGCUGGCCACUUACAUGAGGGUCAUCCGGAGGAAAUUACGGGAGGAGAAAAUAUCCAAGCAGACUAUAAGAGAACAUCAGGAGAUUAUCAAGCUAUUAAAUAAUACCAAUGACCUCUUUUCAUGGCUCCUGUAUUUUGAGACUACUGUAAUAUCAGUGGAGUGCUCAUGUUCAGCAUAUACCCUCUACAAACCUGAAGAAGGUUCCCGAUAUCAGUUGUCGGUAAAAGUUGAUGAAUCCCGCAGCGCAUCUGAACGCGGCAGCCGAUCUGAGGAGACAUUGUAG